CGGACCGGUCAGUGGCACGCUUCAUCCACGGUCCUGGCAAGUUUGGCUCUUUCUAGGAAGACUAUAAGAGGCCAAUCACUCGGGUGGCAGACCUGACAGACCUCUGCUCUCUCCUCGCCGCUGGACCACAGUGAGGUUCUGUCAGAGGCUGAUGCCAUGUCUCAGAAAAUAAACACGUCCCAACCGCGGCCCUUCAUCGCAACCGCCACGUCCAACCAAUGGACGUCUGGCAUCUGCGACUGCUUCCAGGACCCGCGUCACUGUUGCUUUGCCUUCUGGUGCUACCCCUGCUUCACCUGCAUCACGGCGCGGGAGGCCGGAGAGUGUCUGUGUUUGCCUCUGCUGGACGGGUUCGGAAUCAUCCCUCCCAUCACCACGGCCAUGCGGGUGUCGGUGCGCCAGCGGUACGGCAUCGAGGGAUCCAUCUGCAACGACUGCGUGCACGCCUGCUGCUGCGGGCCGUGCACCUGGUGUCAGGUAUCCAGAGAGUUCAGAGCGAGAAAGUCUCCCACCGUCAUCUUCCCCAACUGAUGACAACGAGGUGUUCGCUCCAGAGACGUUAGUGCAGACGUCACACAUUGAGGACGUCUCUGCAUCCCCGGCAGGGAUUGAAGGGUGUAGAUGUUUCAUCCCGGAAGGACGGGAUGAAACUGAGAUGGUGAUAAAAACAAACCAGCCGGUAGGGAAUGUUCUGAAUGUGUGAAAAUCGUCCAUCAAGUUAAUAUCCAUGAUUUCUUAAACAUUUUAAUUUUAAUUUGUAGUUUGUGGCUUUGUACUUAGGCAUCUAUCUCUGGGCUUAAUUUGUUUGAUGAAAGGCAAACACAUUUGCUGCACCGAAAUUUUGCUGUUCAAUAAAUGUGAUAUUUAUAUGUUGAAACGGAGACAUAAAAAAAUGAGUUUUUACCUCUUUGGGUCAAAUUUGACCCAUUUUGACAUUUUACAACAAUAAAACUGCCCUAAACUUUCUUUUA